AUGUCCACCCAUCACGCUGCACCUCUACUCCCGUCUCAAUCUCCAUCUGCAUCCCCCUCACUCCCUUCAUCCCGUGAUUUCAUGACAUCUCUCUUCAACAGUCUUACUUCUCCUACUUUUUCUUCUCCUAUACAAACCUUAGACCCAAAUGCAACGUCAGAUUCCAUCUCGUACACUCAGAGAUUUUCAAGGGAGAAUGAGAGGGGGAAUGGAGAUGGAAAUCAAAAUGGAAAUCAAGAUCUAAAUCCAUUAAAGCAAUUAGAUGCACAGAAAAAAGCAUUAUUGAUGACGCUCCAUGUUAUUUUUCCUCCGCCGUUGCUAUUGCACGCGUUGGAUUUGUUGGAUAGAGGGGCGGUGGGGAGGGUAGUUUCGAAAAGGGAGGAGGAUAUAGAGGAGGGAAUUGGUAAGAGGGAGGGGGUAGGGGAUAUGAGGGAUGGAGAGAAAAGGAGUAUGGGGAAGAACUUCAGUGGCGCAGGACAGAAAGAGGUAGAGAAUAGUAGGAGCAUGGAAGUCAAAGAUACAGAAGUAGGAGAGACAGCCAACGACGCCUAUAACCCCAAAGUCACUCCAUCCACAUCCAUAUCCACACCCUCAAACAAGAAUCCUUCUCCUCUCACCCCAAACCACCGCUCUCCCCUCAAAACAAAGCCAACAACACUUUACCAAGUGCGCUCCUCCCAGCCCCCCAAAUGGCACUCCUCACGCUCUGCAUCCGGAGCAGGUGCAGUAACAGGUCAUGCAGCUGCAGAAAAUACAUACACCGUGCAUCUGGACGCCUGGAACUGUAGCUGUGCCGCCUUUGCAUUUUCUGCUUUUCCUGCUUCUUCUUCUUCUUCCUCUUCUACUCAUUCCUAUCCAUACAUUUCCACUUCUACUCCGUCUGCUUCUUAUUUUCCGUGGGGCUUGGAGAUCUCUCCAGAUGAGGAAUGUUCAGUUUCAUUGGAGAAGCAGAAGGGAAAGGGAAAGGGAGAGGGAGAGGGAGAGGAAGAGAAGUGGCAAUAUGGAGGCUGGACGAAAACAUCCCAAGUACCUAUCUGUAAACAUUUGUUGGCGUGUUUGUUGGUGGAGAGGUGGGGUGAUGUGCUAGGGACGUUUGUACGAGAGAGGGUUGCGGGGAGGGAGGAAAUGGGUGGCUUGGUUGUUUGA